AUGGUGUUAGAAGCGACACCACUUCAGAAGAAGGUUCUCGAAUCCGUAAUCGAGGUCAGCGACAUCGACACCAUUCUUGAGCAAGGUGAGGAGGCGGAACGUCUUUUCACUAUUAAUCACAGCAACACCACUCCUUUGCCUAUCGAUCUAGACGGACAGUCCAGCUCAAGUAUUAUAGCAGCUGAUAAAUGGAGAGAGCAACAGAAGAUAGAUGAGGCUUUACACGCCACGUCACCUCCUUGGACACCAGAAAUGUCAGUGGAAGAACUUGAUGCCAAUGAAAAGCAAGCUUUUCUCAAUUGGCGUCGGAUGCUUGUGAGGCUGGAGGAAAACGAGAAGCUUGUGUUGACACCAUUUGAGAAGACAGAUGAUCCAGAAAUUGUGAUAUAUGGCAGAGACGAGCUGUUCGUCUUUUGA